CGCCCUUAGCCGGUCGGGGCGCUCAGCCCACGCGUGCCGCGGCUGCGGGCUUGGAGACCCGCGCAGGUCGGGCUCCCGGACCGAGGACCCGCGCGCAGAGCGGCAGACCCGGCGCUGUGGGCAGGCGGGGAGGCUGGGCCCCGGCGCGGGUGAGACUACCGCAUGAGGACGCGGUUGAAAUAGACCAGGGUGGAAUUUCUUAGGGAGAAGCUUGGGGGAGGUUUUGGUCCAUUUCUUCAGCGAAGGAGGAGACAUGGCGAGCGACUCCCCAGCGCGCAGCCUGGAUGAAAUCGACCUCUCGGCCCUGAGGGAUCCUGCAGGGAUCUUUGAAUUGGUGGAACUUGUUGGAAAUGGAACAUAUGGGCAGGUGUAUAAGGGUCGUCAUGUCAAAACAGGCCAGCUUGCAGCCAUUAAGGUUAUGGAUGUCACAGGGGAUGAAGAGGAAGAAAUCAAACAAGAAAUUAACAUGUUGAAGAAAUAUUCCCAUCACCGGAAUAUUGCUACAUACUAUGGUGCUUUUAUCAAAAAGAACCCUCCAGGCAUGGAUGAUCAGCUGUGGUUGGUGAUGGAGUUUUGUGGUGCUGGGUCUGUCACUGACCUGAUCAAGAACACAAAAGGCAACACGUUGAAGGAGGAGUGGAUCGCGUACAUCUGCCGAGAGAUCCUGCGGGGGCUGAGCCACCUGCACCAGCAUAAAGUGAUUCAUCGAGACAUCAAGGGGCAGAACGUCCUGCUGACGGAGAAUGCGGAGGUUAAACUGGUGGACUUCGGGGUCAGUGCCCAGCUAGACCGGACGGUGGGCAGGAGGAACACCUUCAUCGGAACCCCCUACUGGAUGGCCCCAGAAGUAAUUGCCUGUGAUGAAAACCCAGAUGCCACGUAUGAUUUCAAGAGUGAUUUGUGGUCCUUGGGAAUCACCGCGAUCGAGAUGGCAGAAGGUGCUCCCCCUCUCUGUGACAUGCACCCCAUGAGAGCCCUCUUCCUCAUCCCCCGGAACCCAGCCCCUCGGCUGAAGUCCAAGAAGUGGUCAAAAAAAUUCCAGUCAUUUAUUGAGAGCUGUUUGGUAAAGAACCACAGCCAGCGGCCGGCCACAGAGCAGCUGAUGAAGCACCCGUUCAUCCGGGACCAGCCCAAUGAGCGACAGGUCCGCAUCCAGCUCAAGGACCACAUCGACCGGACCAAGAAGAAGCGAGGAGAGAAAGACGAGACAGAGUAUGAAUACAGCGGGAGUGAGGAGGAAGAGGAGGAGAAUGACUCGGGCGAGCCCAGCUCCAUCCUGAACCUGCCUGGUGAGUCCACACUGCGCCGGGACUUCCUGCGGCUGCAGUUGGCCAACAAGGAGCGGUCUGAGGCUCUGCGGCGGCAACAGCUGGAACAGCAGCAGCGGGAGAAUGAGGAGCACAAGCGGCAGCUGCUGGCUGAGCGCCAGAAGCGCAUCGAGGAGCAGAAGGAACAGCGGCGGAGGUUGGAGGAGCAACAAAGGCGGGAGAAGGAGCUGCGGAAGCAGCAGGAGCGCGAGCAGCGCAGGCACUACGAGGAGCAGGCCCGGCGGGAGGAGGAGCGGAGGCGGGCGGAGCACGAGCAGGAAUACAUCAGGCGACAGUUAGAGGAGGAGCAGAGGCAGCUAGAGAUUCUGCAGCAGCAGCUCCUGCACGAGCAGGCUCUACUUCUGGAAUAUAAACGCAAACAGCUGGAAGAGCAAAGACAAGCAGAGAGACUGCAGAGACAGCUGAAGCAGGAGAGAGACUACUUGGUUUCCCUUCAGCACCAGCGGCAGGAGCAGAGACCCAUUGAGAAAAAGCCACUGUACCAUUACAAAGAGGGGAUGAGUCCCAGUGAGAAGCCUGCAUGGGCCAAGGAGGUUGAAGAGCGGUCAAGGCUCAACCGGCAGAGCUCUCCGGCCAUGCCUCACAAAGUUGCCAACAGGGUCUCUGACCCCAACCUGCCCCCCAGGUCAGAGUCCUUCAGCAUCAGUGGAGUUCAGCCUGCUCGGACACCCCCCAUGCUCAGACCGGUGGACCCCCAGAUCCCACAUCUGGUAGCUGUGAAGCCCCAGGGCCCAGCCCUAACUGCCUCCCAGUCGGUGCUCGAGCAGCCCACCAAGGGCCUCUCCGGCUUCCAGGAGGCUCUGGCUGUGACCUCUCACCGUGCUGAGAUGCCUCGCCAGAACUCAGACCCCACCUCCGAAAACCCUCCUCUCCCGACUCGCAUUGAAAAGUUUGACCGAAGUUCUUGGUUACGGCAGGAAGAAGACAUCCCACCAAAGGUGCCUCAAAGAACAACUUCUAUAUCGCCAGCGUUAGCUAGAAAGAAUUCUCCUGGGAACGGCAGUGCUCUGGGACCCAGGCUAGGAUCUCAGCCCAUCAGAGCAAGCAACCCUGACCUCCGGAGGGCCGAGCCCAUCCUGGACAGCCCCCUGCAGAGGACCAGCAGUGGCAGCUCCUCCAGCUCCAGCACCCCCAGCUCCCAGCCCAGCUCCCAGGGAGGCUCCCAGCCCGGAUCACAAGCAGGGUCCAGCGAACGUACCAGAGUCCGAGCCAACAGCAAGUCGGAGGGAUCCCCUGUGCUCCCCCACGAGCCUGCUAAGGUGAAGCCAGAAGAAUCCAGGGACAUCACCCGGCCCAGCCGACCAGCUAGCUAUAAGAAAGCGAUAGAUGAGGAUCUGACGGCAUUAGCCAAAGAAUUACGAGAACUCCGGAUUGAGGAAACGAAUCGCCCCCUGAAGAAGGUGACCGACUACUCCUCUUCCAGUGAGGAGUCCGAGAGCAGUGAGGAAGAGGAAGAGGAGGGGGAGAGUGAGACCCAUGACGGGACCGUGGCAGUCAGCGACAUCCCCAGGCUGAUACCAACAGGAGCUCCGGGCAGCGGCGAGCAGUACAGUGUGGGCAUGGUCGGCACGCAUGGGCUGGAGACCUCACACGUGGACGCCUUCAGCAGCAGCAUUUCAAGAGAAGGGACCUUGAUGAUUAGGGAGACAUCUGGAGAGAAGAAGCGCUCAGGCCAUGGUGACAGCAAUGGCCAUGUCAACCUCCCAGACCUGGUGCAGCAGAGCCACUCCCCAGCAGGGACCCCGACCGAGGGCCUGGGGCGCGUCUCUACCCACCCCCAGGAGAUGGACACUGGGACAGAAUACGGCCUGGGGAGCAGCACCAAAGCCUCUUUCACCCCCUUCGUGGACCCCAGAGUGUACCAGACGUCUCCCACUGACGAAGACGAAGAGGAUGAGGAGUCGGCGGCUGCAGCUCUGUUCACUAGCGAACUUCUUAGGCAAGAGCAGGCCAAACUCAACGAAGCCAGGAAGAUUUCGGUGGUGAACGUGAACCCGACCAACAUCCGGCCGCACAGCGACACCCCUGAGAUCAGGAAGUACAAGAAGCGGUUCAACUCGGAGAUUCUGUGCGCAGCCCUGUGGGGUGUGAACCUCCUGGUGGGAACCGAGAAUGGCCUCAUGCUGUUGGACCGCAGUGGGCAAGGCAAAGUCUAUAAUCUGAUCAACCGGAGGCGAUUCCAGCAGAUGGAUGUGCUAGAGGGGCUGAACGUGCUGGUGACAAUUUCAGGAAAGAAGAAUAAGCUGCGGGUGUACUACCUCUCAUGGCUGAGGAACCGGAUCCUGCACAACGACCCCGAGGUGGAGAAGAAGCAGGGCUGGGUCACCGUGGGGGACCUGGAAGGCUGCGUCCACUACAAAGUUGUUAAAUAUGAAAGGAUCAAGUUCUUGGUGAUUGCCUUGAAGAACGCUGUGGAGAUCUAUGCCUGGGCUCCUAAACCAUAUCAUAAGUUUAUGGCAUUUAAGUCCUUUGCAGACCUCCAGCACAAGCCUCUGCUGGUCGACCUCACCGUGGAAGAGGGGCAGAGACUGAAGGUCAUUUUCGGCUCACACACUGGUUUCCAUGUGAUCGAUGUUGAUUCAGGAAACUCCUACGACAUCUAUAUACCAUCUCAUAUUCAGGGCAACAUCACCCCUCAUGCCAUCGUCAUCCUCCCUAAAACGGACGGCAUGGAGAUGCUGGUGUGCUAUGAGGACGAGGGUGUGUACGUGAGCACCUACGGCCGGAUCACCAAGGACGUGGUGCUCCAGUGGGGAGAAAUGCCCACGUCUGUGGCCUACAUUCAUUCCAAUCAGAUAAUGGGCUGGGGCGAGAAAGCUAUUGAGAUCCGGUCAGUGGAAACAGGACAUUUGGAUGGAGUAUUUAUGCAUAAGCGAGCUCAAAGGUUAAAGUUUCUAUGUGAAAGAAAUGAUAAGGUGUUUUUUGCAUCCGUGCGAUCUGGAGGAAGUAGCCAAGUGUUUUUCAUGACCCUCAACAGAAAUUCCAUGAUGAACUGGUAACAGAAGAGCACUUGGCACUUAUCUUCAUGGCGCUGUUUCUAAUUUAAACGAACAUAACUCACGUGGACACAUGCCAGCCUAGAGGCAGGAUCGGAAGGCCUGGUCGAGCGUCCUGCGUCCCCUUUCCCCCUCCUCCCUCCCAACACAGCCCAGCCUCUAUGUUGCAGCCCAGCUGAGAAGCAGAGAGAGACGGCUGGACUGUCUAGGAGGUCCCAGAGUGCUACCUGGUCUGUGGACAGAGCUGGACCAUGGGUCCUUCGGGUUAGGGAUGGAAAUAAGCAUUGUGUGCUUCUAUGGUUAAGCUGUGUUGUAGUGGGUUUGGGUUUUUUUUACCUUUUUUCUUUACCCCUUUACUCUGUAAGAAUGGGGAGAGAAUGUGUCCGGAGACAUGAGUCUUUUUUGGGUUCUGUCUGCCUGCUAGCUUUAAGUGUACCGUGUGUUGUAAAAUCCCCAACAUCCAGGGGUCAGAGACAGCACAGUAAAUGUACCUUCCUCCCCACACUGAAGGCCACGCUGCAAGUGGGUAAUUUAAGAGUUCUCUUGCCUUCACCAACCCAGAAGGUUGCUUUUUGAUGGCAACUGGCUAAUGAAUUUUUAAAAGAGAAGAAGAAUACUGGUUUCCCCUCUUUGGGGAAAUAGCUUUUACAUGGCUAAACUACUAGCCUUAGUCUAAUAAUCCCAACUACCACCUGAGGAGUCUGACGGGCCGUGUGUUAAUAUGGCCCUUUGCAGGAUGGACUGUGCAGGGGACAGCAGAGCCGCCAGUGGGUCAGUCCAGAUCGAGGGACUUUGUGAUGCAAUUUCCCUCAGCUGCUGGGCGGCAGAUCAGGGCAAAAGGCGGGAAGGCAGGUGGGUCAGACAGAGACAGCGUGCGUGUCCCAUGUCUGAGUGCACAGAGCCCCCCACCCCCACCCCGGGCUUCCUGAGGACUGAGACUUUGCUGGGCUCUUUCUGGGAACUUGGGGAGCUGGGUGACAUCCAGGCUCCAGACACUCCCAGCUCUCUCCAGACGGAGGGUGCCACUUUCUCAAGAUGAAAACUGUGACUGAAAAAAAAUUGAUAAUACAUGUUUCUGAGCUGCCUGUGUUCUUCCCGGGUGGGUGAGAGAAGGGACCAGGCUCCCACACCUGCCUUGGACACAGCAGCACCCAUCUCUGGUUCAGAUCCUGAAGAACUUAACGCAAGACUUUGGCCAAAAUUCUGAGAACCCUGGUCACUUUACCUUCCUCCAAAUUACCCAACAUACAGUAAACAGCAUUUGUGUAGAACUAUGUAUGUAUUUAGUUCAGGUUGACUUGUGUCCUUAUAAACUCUUACUCGAAUGAUUUGAACUUU